AAGUGUUGGAAGAAAACUCCAAACAUCAAUGAAGCAAAAGAAGCUGAUCCUUUUUCUCCGCUCUGUUCAGGUCAGUGUACGACGGUCAGGAACAUGGCCUCUUCAUGGAGAAGCUGGACGCUCGCAUCAGAAACCAUGACAGGGACAUUGAGAAGAUGUGUAACCAUCACUUCCAGGGGUUCGUGGAUUCCAUCACAGAGCUGCUCAAAGUACGAGGAGAGGCCCAGAAACUGAAGAGUCAGGUAACAGAAACCAACAAGCGUCUCCAGGAAGAUGGCAAGGAGCUCACCAGUUCAAUGGAGGAGCUGCAACAGUGUCGAGUCCAGCAGAGAAACAUCGCCACCACCAUCGACAAGCUGACCCACUGUCUGCCAGUGCUGGAGAUGUACAGCAGACUUCAGGAGCAGAUGAGGGCUAAGAGGUACUACCCGGCGUUGCGAACGUUGGAGCAGCUAGAGCACAGCUGUCUUCCGAAAGCGGGUCAGUACCGGUUCUGUUCCAUCAUGGCGGAAAACAUCCCCAAGCUGAGGACUCAGAUCAGAGACACGGCCAUGACACAGCUGAGAGACUUCCUGGAGAGCAUCCGCAAACACUCGGACAAGAUCGGAGAGACGGCCAUGAAACAGGCCCAGCUCCAGCGCUCACUGGACAGCUCCGUCACCAUGCAGCCACGAGCUCUGAUUGGCCGACGCGGCAGGAAGAUGGCGGCCGCGGUGGGAGCGGAGAGCGGCAGGCAGGGGGGCAUCCCCAUGUUCAAACAGAACUCUGGGAUUCUGGAUGUGGAGGAUGAAGAGGAGGAUGAUGUACCAGGAGCUCAGGAGCUGGUGGACUUUUCCCCUGUUUACCGCUGUCUGCAUAUCUACACCGUCCUGGGUUUGCGUGACGUGUUUGAGAACUACUACAGAAAGCAGAGGAGGAAACAGGCUCGCCUGGUUCUGCAGCCCCACUCUAACAUGCAUGAAACCCUUGAGGGGUACAGGCGGUACUUCAAUCAGAUCAUCGGCUUCUUUGUUGUUGAGGACCACGUCCUUCACACCACACAGGGUUUGGUCAACAGAGCCUAUGUGGAGGAGCUUUGGGAGUUGGCGCUGUCCAAAAUCAUCGCUGCUCUGAGGACACACUCUUCAUACUGUGAUGACCCUGACUUGGUGCUGGAUCUGAAGAACCUCAUUGUCCUGUUUGCGGACACACUGCAGGGCUAUGGCUUCCCCGUGUCUCAGCUGUUCGACAUGCUGCUGGAGAUGAGGGAGCAGUAUGGAGAGAUCCUGCUGAAGAGAUGGAACAUCACCUUCAGGCAGAUCCUGGACCAGGACAACUUCAGCCCCAUCCCAGUCUCCACAGAGCAGGAGUACCGACUCUACACGUCCCAGUUUCCCCUGCAAGACCCCGAACUGGAAAAGCUCCCCCUUCCAAAGAAGCUUCCUUUCUCUGAGUUUGUACCUAAAGCCUAUUGCCAGCUGAAGGAGUUCAUCUAUGCUUGUCUGAAAUAUUCUGAGGAUCUGCAUCUCAGUUCCACAGAGAUAGACGACAUGAUUCGCAAGUCGACAAACCUGCUGUUGACCAGAACCCUCAGCCACUGUCUGCAGUACGCCAUCAAGAAGAAGAAUGUUGGCCUGGCAGAGUUGGUGCAGGUGAUCAUUAACACCACCCACCUGGAGCAGAGCUGUCACUUCCUGGAGGGGUUUAUAUCAAACAUCACCAAUGUUCCUCCUGACACUGCAAACGCCACCAAACUGUACGGGACCUCCACCUUUAAGGAUGCUCGUCACGCAGCAGAGGCAGAGAUCUACACCAGUCUGAACGCCAAGAUUGACCAGUUCCUGCAGCUGGCUGACUACGACUGGACAUCAACGGCUCAGGGCAGCGGGAACAUGGCGGCCAGUGACUACCUGGUUGAUCUGAUCACCUUCCUGAGGAGCACCUUCAGCGUCUUCACCAACCUACCUGGAUCACCUGUAGAGCACGCCAUCUUACCGGGUAAGGUGGCACAGACUGCCUGCAUGUCGGCCUGUAAGCACAUCUCCACUUCCCUGAUGCAGUUGCUGCUUGACCCGGAGGUCCGACAGAUCUCCAUCGGGGCGCUGCACCAGCUCCAGGUCGACGUCAAGGAGUGUGAGAGUUUUGCCAGAGCCAGCCCGGUCGCAGGCUUCCAGGGUGACACGUUGCUUCUGGCCUUCAGUGACUUGAGACAAUUACUGGAUCUUUUCACUCAGUGGGAUUGGUCGACCUACCUGGCUGACUACGGCAAAUCUACCUGCAGAUACCUGAGAGUGAACCCACACACGGCCCUGGCCCUUCUGGAGAAGAUGAAGGAAACAAGUAGGAAGAACAAUGUUUUCGCCCAGUUCAAGAAGACCGACAGAGACCGCCAGAAACUCAUCGACACCGUCAUCAAACAGCUACGCAACCUCAUCGCUCAGCAUCAAGCCUAAAGUGAGACACGAUUGGUUAAAAGCUCAGUCAGCUGAAACAUCUUUAAGCCAGGUUGAAGAGCUUGGUGUUUGCUACAUGACUGGUUUCUUUUAAAGCAUAACAAGUAUCACGACUCCUAAAAUCAUCUUUGUUGUAUCUGCUGAACGUCUGACUCAUCUAACAUCCCGCCAGAUGCCAAAUCAGACCCUUGUGAUGUUUGCUAGCAUAAAUCCUGCUGUUCUGGGUCUCAGUCGGCCAGUCCUAAAGGUUGCUUCCGGGUUCGGUAGAUGGGAAUGAAAAAAGAAUAACACCAGCUUCACUCUUGGUCUUAACGUUCAUCUUCGAUGUUCUUAUGAAGAGCAAGACAUGAAGACAUUAUUAGAAUGAUUGUUUUUCACAUGUUUGCUCGCCAUCCAAGAAAUCAUCUUUAUUAAAUAUAUUUCUUGUAUCAUAAAGUUUUUGGCCAAACCUGGUUGAAAAUGGCCAAAAACACAAACAUUGAUAUUAUUUUGAACUGGUUGCUUAAGCAGAUUGUUGUGAUUCGUCUUCCACUUCUGUGGCACAACAGUAGAAUAUGUUAAAUGUACAUCAGAGAGGUUGAUCUAUUUUUGUCUUUUUUUUUUUUUGGUUUGACUUAUUUAGGAAAAAGCACUGAAAUGUUCUCAAGCAAGCAGAGAUCUGUAAGAAAUGAACCGAGUGUUACUGCAAUAUUCCAUAUUCAUGACGACACAUCUCCUUCCCAGAGGGAUUGUUUAGAUUUAUUGAAGUGGGGUGUUUUUAAAUUCUGUAACAAACGAAAUGAACAACCUCGGUGUGCAGAAACAGAGAUGAGUUUUGACUGGAUCUAGAGUUCAAAGAAUUUUGUUAGCAUUAAAUGCUACGAUAGCUUUGACAUUGGAGGAUUUUUAUUUAACGUAAAAAGAAAACAUUAGUAAUUAGCCCCAAUGUGGCUAGCCACAAGCUCAUUACUCUGGUCUAGAUUUAUCUGUUUCUGUUCAAAUAGCUUCAUACAGCACCCAGUCUAACAUAAAUUGGAUAUUUUGUUACUGAACAUGUCCCUACAAAAUAACGAUGUCCCAUUUUUCAUGGUCUGUGAUCCCAACGUUGCUAGAGCUAGCUAACACUAGUAGUAGCUGAUCUAUAAUGUGGACAUUUUUACUUUCAGAAUCACAAAUUUCAGAUCAAUCAAAACAAAAUUAACUGUACUUUGGAAUGAAUUGUUCAUAAAAUUUUAGCUAACAGUUUUAAAGCAUUUUCAUUAUGUAAGCAACUUUUCAGUGGACGAUUUACAGGCAAGGGUUUUAUAAAAAGCCCAUUUCACCAUCAGAACUAUUCAUUAUACAACCUGCAAAUACUUGAACAGGUGUCACAACCUUUCACCAGGUAGCACGGACUGUCUGGAGGUGUACCUUUUGGGGUGGGGAUGUUGCUUUUUCCCACCCUUGUAGUAAAACUUGAUCUGAAUGGAGGGGGUUAUGUUGGCGUAUGGGUCUUAAAAGGGGGAUAAUGCUCCAACCUGGCAACUGCUCUAUAACGUAGAGCCUAUUGUUUGCCUGCCUGAUUGGAAAGAGACUAGUUUGUAUAGAAACUAUUGUACUAAUGCCAGGCACACAGUCCUAUGUCUUCCAUAACGCCAAGCUCUUUGUGUGUGUGUGUGUGUGUGCGCGCGCGCUCUGCUUACAUAUUAAAAUCAUUAAAGCACAAAACUUAUUUACUUUCACACCAAUAAAAGGUCUUUUUCCUUCUGUGUCUUGAAUCUGGGUGCAAUAGCAACAUUAGAAAGCACGUCAAUGUGUUUGAGGGAAACUGCUUCUUAAAGGGAUUCAAACCUGCAGCGUGUGUUUUUGUUUCAACCAUCCAUAGAUUAGUUUUUCUACAUGUUGGAAAGGGAAUAGGGCCGUUGUUAUUGAAUGUGCCUCUGCUGUAUUUUAUUUUAUUUUUUCAGUCAACAAAGCAGCAACAUUGUAGAGUUUGGACUCUGCACACAGUUUAGUGAUUGUUCAAACUAAAUAAUGCUCACUAGUGGGUUCCAGAGGCAAUUAUGAACAGUUUUAUAUGGAUUCAUUUAGCUUAUAUUUAAUGAGAAUUAACAUAAUUUUGUGUGCAGUUGAAAGAAAUAUUUUUCUGGUCAAUAAUUAGGACUUAACAGUUCCAAUCUGCAAACUAUACCACUAAAUCACUUCUAGUAUCUGACUGAUGUAGCUGCAGUGAUAUCCUGUUGGUGUCCAUAGUCCUUUCUCUGCAGAUGUUGCUGCUAGUUUUUUUUUUGUUGUUGAUUAAUUUUUUUGUAAAUCAGAAAUGAUUGCAUCAUACUUUUGCAUCAAACCACUAAUUAUUGAAAAUACUAAUAAAAUGGCAAAUACCAACAGAUGAACACGGAAUAAAAGGAAAAACUGUUAAA